GCCACCAUCAUGGCGGCGUCGCACCCGCAGCUAGACGUCAAGAAGCUGCAUACACUUCCCUCCGAGCAACAGGACCUCUAUUUGCUCACGUUCACUUCCGAUCUCGCCCGCCAUGUUGCAGCCCUCGACCCUGAUGAGGUUUCGGCCCACCAGAUAUAUGUCAAGAAGGAGCUAUUUCAGGUCAUAACCCUCCCUUCGCCGGCACCGACUCGAGUCAUAAGGAACACACUGGGGCGUAUCUUUGCAGAUAUAUUUGGAAAAGGGGAUAGGAAGCUUCUGUUCGAGUCCAUCAAUGAGCUGGUGGCCAUCUUAAAUGCGGCGGGGAAGGCGGAGAAAGAUGUCAGGGCGAAGCAUGCGGCUGCUCAUUGUCUGGGGUCCAUCUUCGAGGCGGCAGGAGAUAGUGCAAUUGGUCUAUCCCCACUAGCGGCAACCGCGUUGCUACGGUUGAUCAAAACCGCGCAGAACCACACCGGACUCAGGGGUACCAUAUUCAAGUCCCUUGGGAAGGUCUUUAAGGGCGUUGCAAGCUCUGCUGAAGAAUCCGUCGCUAGAGACGCGUGGAAGCAGUGUCGCUCGUUCAGCGUCAACGACAAGUCUUUACUUGUGCAGGUCAAUGCAUGUUACUGCAUGGAGCAGCUGGUUCGGCAUACGCCCUACUUCGACAAUUCCACCGAUUUCGACAAGUUGCAAACCGCCAUCUGGAAGACAAUCGACAGCCACUCGUCGGCUGUCAGACACGCUGCGGCAUCAUGCCUGAGUGCUGCGCUCGUGAAAGCCUAUUCUGAGACGGCACCUGUCGAAGCACCCCUUGCCCGGUCGAGAACGAUGAAGAAAAAGGCCAAAAAGCAGACUGACCUAGAAGGCGAAGACGAAGUGAUUGAGCGUCCCGAGUCUCCGGCUCCGAAAAAGUCUGCCGCUAUACUCUCCUUUUCGAUGGCUGCUCUGCUCACGGUGAUGUCGCACCAAUAUUGUCGACCUGCCACCGGGAACCGUGUGAGAGCUGGAAUCGCCCUUUGCUAUAUCAAAACCCUGCGACGUCUUGGAGAACAAGUGGUCGAGAGAAAGUACGGAGAGAUUGCGCGACAUUUGUUUGUCGAUCUAAUGAGCCAUUCCACCAUCGUAAACAACCGCUACCGCACGUUGAGCACGAGAAAAUAUGUUGCCGUCAUUUUGGAAGCAGUGGUCGGCAGAGACCUACUCGGAGAGGCCGGACAGCUCAAUGCGGCCAAGUUCUUGGUCAAUGAGAUACUGAAGGACUAUCCCCAAGCGUUAAAGGAGAGGCCCGAGCCGACCAAGCAAACUCUCAUAGGCGCACUGAGCGCACUCUCUGCCCUCUUCGAGAGCCUGGGCUCGGCUGCCAACGUCAUUGCAGACAGUUGUAGAGAUGGCCUACUCCAGGUUCUGCAGCACCCGAGUUACAGUGUCCAAGUUUACGCUUCGGCAUGUCUGCGAUCCUUCGUGCUUGCAUGCCCUCUUCAGCUCCUACCUUCAGUUACCAUAUGCACGAAUAGUGUCAACCGUGAAUUAGGUCAAUUAGGCGGUCCGCGUCAGUCACCCAGGAAAUGUGUAGGCCUUGCCAAUGGCCUCUCCGCCAUUCUAAGCACUUCGACUGAACAGCCCCUGCAUGGCUCCGUGGAUGUCAAUUCCCGUGUCCUCUCGCAAGCCACCUCUCUACUCAAAUCUGCUAGCAAUUCGGACUUGCGCAUAUCGUCCACCCAGAUCCAGGUCGCAUGGAUCUUGAUAGGGGGUCUCAUGACUUUGGGCCCCAACUUCGUUAAGAUCCAUCUCUCUCAGCUACUACUUCUUUGGAAGAACGCCUUGCCCAAACCCCUCAACAAGGACAACAUGGUGCAGCGAAAUAUGUUGGAGCUUAGCUUCCUGGCACAUGUGCGGGAAUGCGCCUUGGGCUCGAUCUUGACCUUCCUCGAAUUCAACAGCCGGUUAUUGACGUUGGAUGUAACGAAGAGAUUGGCUGCUAUGCUGCAAAACACGACCAUGUUUCUCAACACGUUGCCCGGAAAGAAGACAACAGACGACGUCUCCCAGCGACUUUCGCCUGCUCUGCAACUGCACGACUUUGACGUGAUGGUACGGCGAAGGGUUCUUCAAUGUUAUACGAAGCUCGUGGACCUGAAGCCAGCUGGGAGUGCAGAAGUCUUGCAGCAAACCAACCUGCUCCCUUUUGCAGUCUCAUCCUUCGCCGAUCCCGAUAUCUACGCCCCAAGCUCACUGAGCACGGCCAUUGCCAGUUCUGCGGGAAACUUUGAGAGCAUAUGGGAUUCGGCCGAUAAUCAUGGCUUUGGCGUGACUGGACUUGUGCAAGGCUAUGAUAUUCAAUCGCUACCGGGAGAGCAUGAUUCUGCAGUCGCCCGUCACUGGGUUUCUAGAACUGGGUCAGAGGCCCUUAUAGACCGUACACUACUGACACCUAUAUGUGGUGCACGUGAGCACGAUCCGAUUACAUUGUAUGUUGGCACGUCUAGCAGUAUCCACGGGCUGCCACACCCUCCCGCGACUGAAGUGGUCAAUUCUGCCCUGCAGCUAUUCGCAAUCUGCCUGCCACUUCAGACACCAAAGAUACAGGAGAGCAUCCUCGAGCAAAUGACAUCUUUCCUUGCAGCAGGCAGCUUGCAGCGAGACGUGCACAGGAAAUCGGCCAUGAUGGUGAACAUUGCCUAUGCGCUCCUAUCCGCCUUGAAAGUGGCAGUCAAGGAAACGAGAUGCGCACCUGGCGACCUCAAAAGCUCUGCUGUCGAAAAGGUCAUACUGGAGCUUUUGCAUUUGUUCAUCGUACUUCCGGACCCGUAUGUGCGAAACAUCGCCGGUGAGGCACUUGGUCGUCUGUGCAGCAGUUCUGGAAACUCGUUCACCAAUACAGAAGUCAAAUAUCUCGUUGACCAAAUCGUCGCAAAUCGAGAACCGAAUGCACGCUCUGGGUACGCCGUCGCCCUUGGUAGUAUCCAUUCUCAAUUGGGAGGGAUGGCUGCAGGUUACCACAUGCAAAACAUCUUGGGCAUCUUAAUGUCUCUAGGGAACGAUCCACACCCCGUGGUACACUUCUGGGCUCUGGAUGCUCUUUCACGAGUGGCAGAUUCUGCCGGGUUGGCGUUCUCAACCUACGUGUCAAGCACGCUAGGCAUGCUUGCUCAACUGUACGCCGCGGAUACGCACAAUCAAGAGUCGGCUUCGUUGGCAUCAUCAAACCUCGAGGUCGACCUGCCUUCUCCGGCUGUCAUAGCUCGUUGCAUCGACAGCACAAUCAAUGUCCUGGGACCUGACCUUCAAGAUGCAGCCAAGGCGAGAGAUAUGAUCAUGACUCUCAUAGGCCUCUUCAAGACCGAAUCUGAUGACUUGGUCAUCAUCGAGAAUCUAAUGUGCCAAGAACACCUCGCGUUGUAUGCUCCGGGUCAUAUGGAGUUUAUCGUGUACGUCAAGUACCUCCAAGGUCUGUUGGAUAGUAGCUCUACAAAGCUGCGCGACAUGGCAAUCGGAGGUCUGCACAAUCUGAUGCGACGAGACACGGAAGAAGUGAUUCGAGCGGCCAACCCUGGGCUGGAUGAGCAGCUGUGGCAUGUCUUGGAGAAGAUCCCCGAACAUGAAGUCGCUCGCGAGAUAUUCCGAAACUGGUUGCAUCAAACUGGGCUCGUCGACACUGGUGCAUGGGUGCAACGUAUUCAGACGAUACUCACAAAGACGAAGCGGGUCGUAGAAGCGAAUGCAAAGGUUGACGAGAAGCCAAAAGCAAGUGUGCCCGAGAUUCAAGAUGAAGAGGUUGCUGGUUUCGCGGCGACUUCCAACGCAGCUACGGGCGAUGCCGGCGAGGGCACUCAGGCGAGCCAGGAGUUACUCAGGUGGCAAGUGAGGACGUUCGCGCUCGAUUGUCUGAGCGACCUCCUCGCCAUGGUGAGCAAAGAGGCCGCUUACCGUGACGAGGCACCUUGCGUGCUCGCGCUCCAGGCUAGGGUUGCAGAUGUAGUUCGCAUCGCAUUCUCUGCCUCCACUGCAGGCGUGGUGCAGCUUCGGAUACGUGGUUUGAAGAUUAUUGAUCAGGUUCUCAAGCUGUUUGGAAAGACUCCAGAUCCUGAUUUUGCGGAGGCCACCCUGCUCGAGCAAUAUCAAGCCCAGAUAGGAUCUGCUCUCACUCCGGCGUUUGCGGCGGACUCGUCACCAGAGCUUGCUGCAGAAGCUGUCAAUGUCUGUGCCACAUUCAUUGCUACCGGAAUCGUCACCGAUGUGGACCGCAUGGGCCGCAUACUGAAGCUGCUCGUGUCAGCACUGCAGAACUUUUCAAGUGAAACAGAGACUGCGGCCAUUGGUGAUCUAAAGGGCCUGAGUUCCAACGCGCAAGUCAUGGUGAAAAUGGCAGUGUUUUCAGCGUGGGCUGAACUGCAAAUUGCCAGUGCUGAACAGACGUACCUGGUUGAUGUCCUCAAGCCGUACAUCGCGAAGCUCACCCCGCUGUGGCUUUCGUCUCUACGCGAAUACGCCCGUCUUCGUUUUGAGCCCGACAUCUCUUCCAUGGGAUCAGCAUCUCUGUCUGGCAGCCUUGACACAAUCUACGCCGCCCUAAACAGAGAAACUUUGCUAAAGUUUUAUCAAGAGUCCUGGCUUAAUCUGGUAGACGCUAUUGCAAGCCUCAUCGACGAGGACAGUGAAUUUGUGUUCGACGCUCUCGAUGGGAAAACGGAGUUAUCAACCCCCACGACGAAGGCCAAGGCAGACGAUAGCAUCAACUACCGCGACGAACCUGUCGCGUUCUUUUUCGUGCUUUUUGGCCUGGCAUUCGAAGCACUAGCGGGCCGACCUGGAGACCUACAGGCCUCUAAGGAACAGAUUUUGGAAAUCCUCCAAGCUCUCAAGAAGAUAUUGCGUCCAUCCGUCUCAGGUCAUGCUAUAUAUCAGGAAGUGGUCUUCUCCGAAACCAUGGACAUGCUGGAUAGACUCGUCUUAACGGAAGGCUUGACUGUGCAGUCUGUUAUCGUGGAGAUUGCCAGGAAUCUCUGCUUAGGCCACCCUUCGGCGAGGAGAGGCCCAAGCACGUCCAAUGGAGAUGAUCACCUUUCCGAGGACAUUGAGCAGCUAUUCGAGCUCACUAAGAUUAUGGUCUUAGUGUUAACAGGUCUACUGCCUCAUCUCGGGGAUAGCGGCAAGGCAGAGGUUCGCCAACAGCUCAACGAGGAAUCAGUGGCUCUGUUGAUCACGGCUCUAUCCGCUCUUGUCGAUGCGUCGGAAGUCUUCCCUUCCAUUAUCAAGACAGAUCUUCAGGCAUGCAUACUUCACAUCUUUGCCACUAUUUUGGGAACUGGUGCUUGUCAAGCAGCCGUCGUUCCACAAUCGCUACCCAUACUUAAACGUUUUGUUACAAGCAUAUCCGCUCAGUCCACAUCCCGUUCCGAUUCAGGCGACCAACUCCGCGCUACUCUCAAUCGUUGCAUCUCUAUCUUGAAGCGUGCGCAGGCACGUGAAUUCGAAGCUGCACUUGCGUGCGAGAAGAACACUGUCCUGGCCCUCACCAUCCUCAUCUCCUCAACAACCAAUAUGUUCGAGCCAAACGAUCCGGUUCUCAAACGUUUUGUAGACGAGCUGUUCGAUUGUCUGGGUAAUCGCAUGACGAGUAAAGUAGCCGCUGGAUGCUGCCGCUCUCUUCUCCUGCUGCCGAAGAAGGGAGCGGUGGAGAUGGCACUGGCUGCGCAGAUACUACCUCAGAUUCUAUCAUUCCUGGCUAACCCGGAGUAUGUCGAAGGUCUCGACGAGACACGUUCGCUUCUGGCGGGAGCCCUUGCGGCCUUUGUAGGCACGCUUACUACCCCUGAGCAGAAGCACACCGCAGCCAAGAUCAUCAUCCCGGCGUUGUUGGCGCGGGCGGCGAAGGAGCCGGAUGCCACGGGCGAGACUGCGGCAAGGCUGCUUGAGUUGGCUGGCGCGGAUCACGAGGGGUUCAAGGUCGUGGUAGCAGGGUUGAGCACCGAGCAGAGGGUGUUUAUGGAGAGUGUGCUCAAGAGCGGGUCUGGGGUCAAGGCCAAGAGGGUGCAGAGUGAGGAGAGUGAGGAGCCUAGUAUUGCGCUGAAGAUGGACUUUGGAAGAUAGAUGGAGUUUUAAUGGAAGCGAGACUUGACGUUGAUGAACAAUUAGCUGUAGGUCUUGCGGCGUGGUAUUAUGUUCUGUCCUCACAUGGCGAUUGUACAGUGUCUCUUUGGGCAGCGGUAGCUCAUGUUAGGUU